AGCAAUGCAUUGUGGUAUAGCAGUUCGAGGUGAAAGAAUCGUGCUGGUCGACAUUUUGUUUUUGGUUCUCGAAUUGAAACCUCUUCUUUUACAGUCGAAAAAGGCAUGUCUGCAAAAGUGUAUGUGGGCAACUUGGGAAGCAGUGGUGACAGAGAAAAGAUUUGGAAAGCCUUUUCAGCUUAUGGCAGUCUUCGUGAUGUGUGGGUUGCAAGAAACCCUCCAGGUUUUGCAUUUGUAGAAUUUGAAGAUCCCCGUGAUGCAGAAGAUGCUGUGUACAAAAUGGAUGGAAGAAGGCUGUGUGAUAAAUAUGUCAGAGUUGAGAUAUCACAUCGCCAAAGUCGGGGCUCUGGAGGUGGAAGAAGUGGCUAUAGAGGUGGGGGACGUAGAGAUGAUGGUUACAGAGGACGCUACUCUCCCCCACCUAGAAGAAGGUCAAGGUCACCACCUCGUGGCGGACGAGACCGCUCCCCAGUGCACUACAGCAGAAGAAGCAGAUCACGCAGCCCUCCAGCAAGGCAGUAAAACACAGUUACACAUGAUAGUGCACUUAAAUGUAUCAAGUAACCUCAUAACCACUUUGAAAUGGCCAUAGAUUUCAUUAUAGCAAGGCCACUUUG